AUGGCUGGUGUUGUUGAAUCUGAUCCUAUUCCUCUUCUUACUCCAUACAAAAUGGGCAAAUUCAAUCUCUCUCAUAGAGUUGUUUUGGCACCACUCACAAGACAGAGAUCAUACAAAAACGUUCCACAACCUCAUGCUAUCCUCUAUUACUCUCAGAGAGCCAUUGGUUCUAAUGGAGGUCUUCUCAUUACUGAAGCUACUGGUAUCUCUGACACUGCUCAAGGGUAUCCCGACACACCAGGUAUAUGGACUAAAGACCAUGUUGAAGCUUGGAAACCUAUUGUGGACGCUGUUCAUGCUAAAGGUGCUACCUUCUUUUGUCAAAUUUGGCAUGUUGGAAGAGUUUCUGAUUCUGUUUAUCAGCCGAAUGAGCAAGCACCAAUAUCUUCUACCGACAAGCCACUUACACCGCAAAUCCGAAGUAAUGGUAUUGAUGAAGUGAAAUUCACACCACCAAGGCGGCUAAGGACGGAUGAAAUUCCAGGCAUUGUCAAUGACUUCAGGCUUGCUGCAAGAAAUGCAAUUGAAGCUGGAUUUGAUGGGGUUGAACUCCAUGAUAUCCACUCCUCUUUUAUGAUUGAUCAAUCUGCCUCAAGAAAUGUGGCAUUUGUUGAGAGAGAUCUCCUAAGUGGAUUCCCACCAAUAAGUGUCUGGUAA